AUGAGUUACCAACCCAAUUUGGUGGCUCGAGAAUUUGGCCUUAGUCAACUGUUGCCUCCUUCUUUAUUCUCCCAUCCUGGCGACAUCGUAUGGGUCGGUAGGCAACUGACUGCUUACGAUCACCAAGCAUGUCUUCGUCUUCAUAAGGCUACUCAGGCUCUUGACCUUCCCGUUUUCCCUUUCGAACACUCUUUCUAUACUUCGGAGUUAUUCGACCAAUGGUGGUCUCAAUUUCAAGCACAAAACAUCUUAGUGCCGAUUUUCCUUCAAAGGCUUGCUGACGCCUUCAAAGUCUUGGACACUCCAAAGCCCAUUCCUGCUCCGACGCCUCGGAAACAAAAACAUUCUUCUCUUGGGAAGGCAAAGAAAACAAGAAGUCAUAUUUUUUACUGA